AAAAUGAUGAUUGAUGGUGUACAUGUAUGUUUAGGUUAUCAGCAGAUAUAACUUAUAGUAUUAGAUAUAAAUUUGACGUAGACGUCCAGUUUCAUACUUCAGCAUGGGUUCAAAGGACAGCCAGCGAUUUCUAGACUUAGAUCAACGUACGUUCAGACCACCGAUGUACGAGUAAUAGAUUGUAUAGACAAUUAGCUGUGUCAACAAUAACAAACAAUGCCCGUGCCUUCAAUUGAGGAAGCUGCUCCAAACGUGCCGAAGUUAAGAGAAAUAUUCUUGGCCAAAUACGAGGAUGAAAUAAAAAAGGAACAGUAUUACGACGAAGAUAUCCAGAGGGUUAAGGAGAGUGAUGCGUAUAUGAGAUGUUUCCUCCGAACUGUCACUGCCAGCAACGACCCUCACAAAGCUGCAGACGUCAUCGAUAUGGCUCUCAAAUGGAGGAAAGAAUUCAAAAUAUAUGACUUGUCAAUGGACACGUUUCCUGAAGAGUUGAGGGAGAAAUACAUGGAUAAAGUCAUUGGCUACAAGAACCAAGACAAAGAAGGGCACAAAAUAUUGUAUUUUGACAUAUCAGAGAACAACAAAGAUCCAGAGGCGAUGAAAUUCAAGCAUCACGCUAUCGUGGCAGCGUUCGAAUCCCACCACCGACUGACACCAGAGGAACAAGUCGUUGUCCUUUUUGACUGCUCACGGGCUACUUUGGCAAACAAUGACAUGGAUAUGCUUAAGUUUGUGAUUCAGUGUUUCAAAUAUUACUUCCCUGCUUUCCUAGAUAAAAUGAUUGUCUACGAAACGCCAAAGGUCCUGAGCUUUAUAUGGACGAUUAUCAAGAAGUUUCUGAAUGCCGAGCAAGCCAAGAAAGUUGUCUUCUGCAAUAAAAAUGAGAUUAAAAACUAUAUAAGUGAGGAAAAUCUCUGGGAUCACAUGCAAUAGAUGAGGACAAUGACUAGUGAUGUGCGUUGUUGGAAUACUUUUCAAAAUAAAAUUUAUUGCGUAAAUAACUGUACAAUUGUGAUAGCAAGUUUUACCAAAAAGUAAUGUUGAAAUCACAUCUAAGAUAUUAACAAUUUGUGACUAAUGUAACCGGCCACAAUCCGAAUUCAGCAAGUUAUUUCAUCAUUUGAAGCUAUGUAAAAUGACUUGAGAUUCAUUUAACUUGUUUUGAUUUCAUGAUUGAAUCACAGGCAUGGGCAGACACGUCCCAAAGUCGUCCCUCUUUGGCCUCAGUAUCACAUUAGUCAAUCAUGUUUCACAAAUAAAUAAAUUGAAAGUAC